AUGGGGUUGAGCUGUAAGAGAGUAAUUAGGGGAAAAUGGAGUCAUGGGGGUGACACUAACUCUAGUUCAUCUAUUCCAGCUCAUUACUUGGGUGCUCUGUCUAUUACUAUUAGGAUGUCAGGCAAGGGUCGAGGUAACAGUGAUCCUACUGGUUCUCGGGGUAGAGAAAAGCCUAGGAAACAAAAGAGGAGGGUAGAAGGUACUACUCAAUCCGUUCCUGCCUCUUCACAGAUGCCUGUGCCUAUGCCUGUGCCUGCGCCUCCACCCCAGGGCUAUUCUGAGCUGCCAGCGCAUAAAGAAUUGACAAAAGAAGAAGUGAAGGAGAGGAAGAAGAGAAAGAAGGAGAAGGGAAGGAAAGAAGAGGAAAAGAAAGAGAAGGAAAGGGAGAAGAAGCGAAAAGAAGAAGAGGAGAAGGAGGAAAAGGAAGAGAGGAAAAGGAAAGAACGGAAAGAAAAAGAGAAGAAGAAACGUGAAGAACAGAAGCUCAAGGAAAAGAAAGAAAAAGACAAGCAAAAGGCUAAGAAGAAAAAAUGA